UAAAUAGUUACUUAAAAUUCGUUCCAAAUAUCGAUAUCUUUAUAAUACCAUCUUUAAGAUGGCUUGUUUCAUUUCAUUACAACCGAAAUAAGUUUUGCGGGCUUUUCAGUUCUUUCAAAUGCAUGGUUUGCGUUGUAUUACCAAGAUUCUAACCUCACCACGUGCUACAGCAUCGACUGUCGGCAAUUUUCAUCUGCACAUUCGUUUAUUAACAACUUUUCCCAGCCGUAUGCCUUCGCCACCGAAAAUCGCCAAGCCAUCACAAGAAAGUGAACUUUUAGAGGACAUCGUCAAACAGCUUGGUAAGCCGCCCAGGAUGCGUGAGAACCCCGCUUUCACGAAGGUCGACAGUGCCGAGUUCCAUAGCAUUUUCACGCCGGAACUGGAAGAACUUGUGGCACUCUUUAAGAAGUACGACUAUGAGCUGCGCAUUGCUGGCGGUGCUGUGCGUGACAUUCUAAUGAGCAUAAAGCCCAAGGAUGUGGAUUUGGCAACUACAGCAACGCCUGAACAGAUGAAGGAGAUGUUUACGAAGGAGGAGGUGCGCAUGAUAAACGCCAAAGGCGAAAAGCAUGGCACAAUAACGCCACGCAUUAACAACAAGGAAAACUUCGAGGUGACCACGCUCCGCAUUGAUGUGCGCACCGAUGGGCGCCAUGCGGAUGUGAUGUUCACCACCGACUGGCAACUGGAUGCGAAUCGUCGUGAUCUGACGAUAAACUCCAUGUUCCUGGGCUUCGAUGGCACCGUAUACGACUAUUUCUAUGGUUACGAUGAUCUGCAGAAGCGUCGCAUUGUUUUUGUUGGCGACGCGGAUGUGCGGAUCAAGGAAGAUUACCUACGCAUUCUACGCUACUUUCGCUUCUAUGGCAGGAUUGUACCCGUUGCAGAUACCCACGAUGCCGUAACAUUGGCAGCCAUAAAAGCGAAUGCUGAGGGUUUGGCACGGAUUAGUGGCGAACGCAUUUGGGCCGAGCUGCAGAAGAUUGUGGUCGGCAACUUUGGCUGUGAGCUAGUGCUGGAGAUGUAUAAGUGUGACUUGACUGCGCAUUGCGGGCUGCCGGCUGAGCCAGAUCUCACUGAGUUUAAGCGUCUUUGCAGCGAUUUAAAGCAUUUCGAACAGCCGCAUUAUCCCAUAUUGUAUCUGAUAGGCUUGCUCAAUAGCUCCGAGGAUGCUAUAAAAAUGCACGAACGUUUGAAGCUGUCCGCCCACGAACGUGAUCUGGCGCUGUUCAUCACACAGCAGCGUCAGCGAGUUGAUGUGGAGUACGUUUGUCUGCGUGACUAUCAAAAGCUGUGUCUGCAACCGUAUGCUAAACGGGAUUUCGUUGAGCAGCUGCUGAAGUAUACCAACAAGUUGGAGCUCUACAAUCAGCUAAAGGCUUGGGAGACGCCCAACUUCCCCAUCAAUGGGAAUACGCUCAAGAGUCACGGCCUGGUGGGCAAGAAAGUGGGCCAAGUGAUUGCUGAGUUGCGUCUGCUGUGGGCAGACAGUGAUUUUAAGCUGACGGCGGAUGAAUUGCUGGAAAAGUUGCCGACAAUAUUGGAGAUGCUGCAAAAGUCGUCGCCUUGUACACCAAAUAAAAAGCCACGCUCUCAAACUUAAUGAUAGUAUAAAUGCUAAAAUAAAAUUGGAUAUGCAUAAAUAUAAUGAAAAAAUCU